AUGUCGGAUUCAUCGUUGCUUCUUGUGAUUAGUGCGGCGUAUCUAAUUAUUGCGAGUGCGAAGAAAAGGAGUGAUAAAAAAAAGCGUUCCAUAUGGAUGAAAAAUUAUUUAAAAACACGACAUUUUGGUAUCAUUGAUGAUUUGCAAUUAGAUGAAGACAUUGUGUUUAGAAACUUUACGCGAAUGUCCAGAACGAAUUUCUACUAUCUGUUAAAAAAAAUCGAGCCGGAAAUAGAAAAACAAAACACUCGUUUUAGAGAGGCAGUACCAGCUAAAAUUAAGUUUUUAAUAACCAUCAGAUUUUUAGCUACCGGAGAUUCGUUUUCAUCCCUUAUGUAUUUAUUCAAAGUUUCCAAGCAGUUUAUUUCAGAAAUGUUGCCAACUGUUCUGAAAGCUAUAGUGAAUGCUCUACAGAAUUAUAUCAAGCUACCCUCAAGUGAUCAUGAAUGGAGAUCUAUCGCAGAAGAAUACAAUAAACGAUGGAAUUUUCCUCACUGUGUCGGCGCCAUCGACGGCAAACACGUCGUAAUUCAGAAACCAGAAAACACAAUAAGCGAGUUUCAUAACUAUAAAGGAACAGACAGUAUUGUUCUAUUGGGAAUAGCGGAUGCUAACUACUGUUUUACGUAUGUCAACGUUGGAUGUCAAGGCCGUAUCUCAGAUGGAGGCGUAUUUAAAAAUACUUCGUUCUCUAAGAAACUCGAAAAAAAUGAACUUGGUUUACCGGAAUGUGAAGCACUGCCUGGUCGUAUGAUGAAACUUCCUUAUGUCUUAGUUGCCGAUGAUGCGUUCGCCUUAUCUGAAAAUAUUAUGAAACCAUACGCCACAGAUUUGAACAAAGGAUCCCCAAAAAGAGUAUUCAACUACAGGUUGUCCAGAGCGCGUCGUAUUAUAGAAAAUACUUUUGGGCUGCUUUCAGCCGUGUUUAGAAUAUUCCGCAAACCCAUAGAAAUAAAAGUUGAAGAAACAAUAGUUAACAUUGUUUUGGCUUGUGUUUACCUUCACAAUUUUUUAAGAAUGCAGCCCGAUUCCGCAAAGUUUUAUUCAACAUCAGGGUGUUUUGAUAACGAAGAUUGUAGCACAGGAGAAAUUAUUCCAGGAUCAUGGAGAGAAAUAACCUCUGGUGACACUGGUUUAAGACAACUUAGAUCAAUUCCACGAAAACCAGCGUCCAACGCAACAAAUAUCAGAGAAGAAUUUAAAUCAUACUUCAUGUCUGAAAUAGGAUCAUUACCAUUUCAGGACAAAUACUUGUAA